AGAAGAAAAUGUAAAAGGAAGGAAGAUGACUGGCAGUCGGCCGCCGCUACAGGUUGAAUCCUCAGGUAUUCCUCGGAAAAUUCGCCCAGCCAGGACGGUAGAGGAACGCAGGUAGUUUCCUACUGUCGAGACGCUAUACAAGAUCGAAUCUCUCGUUCUAAGAUGCGGUUAUAGGCGAGGGAAAGGGGGAAGGAAGGACGGGUAUAACGGGACCAGGCCGCACGGGUGCGGCCAGCCAUUUCUCCGCCAUCCCCGAUCUCUCUUCCGGUGUGUAUGCAUCCUUGAUCAGGUGGGACCUGUUCGCGGUGAUAUGGGCGGUCGUGGGGCUUUUUGCCGUGCAUGAAAAUAAUUUCAGGCGCCGCCAUGGCAGUGUUCGUGCCGGGAGGGGGCCCAGUGUCGCCCCGAGAGCCAGAGCACGGCUCAAGGCACCUUUUUCAUAAGAAAACCUUCCACAAGCCGACUUACUGCCACCACUGUACCGAGCUACUGUGGGGGGUGCUGGGACAGGGGUAUGUGUGUGAGAUGUGCAACUUCGUCAGCCACGAUAAGUGUAGACAAGCUAUCGUUACACCGUGUACUUCGCUGGCACCGCAACUCGUAAAACAUCCCGUCGCACACUGCUGGAGCAACGCUGGCCGACACUUUAAGAAAAAAUUCUGCAACGUCUGUAGGAAAAAGCUGGACGACCUCUGGGCGCUGCGGUGCGAGGUGUGCGAGUACUACGUGCACGCGGACUGCCAGGACUUUGCCGUUAGCGACUGCAGACAGUGCGCAGCAUACCAGCCGCAGAGGCACGACUUAAUGCUGGCCGUACACACGCACCUGUGGCGGGAGGGAAACCUCGGAGCCACCGCCAAGUGCGUGGUGUGUAAGAAAAACUGCGGGACCACGGAAUGCCUGGCCAGCAUGAGAUGUGAGUGGUGCGGCGUGAAGGCCCACACCGGCUGCUACAGAUCCAUUCCAGCCGAAUGCAGCUUCGGAGCGCUGCAGAAGCUAAUGUUACCGCCCGUCUGCGUACACGUGCCGUCCGCUGCAGUUGCCGCGGAAACCCUAAUGGGCCAGUUCGGGCGGAAACGACAAGUAAAAGUAGACCGAGACGACGAAGACACAGCCGACGCGCGCACGCCGGGAACGCAAGACGAACAGGGCAAGAGUAAAAUGACGGUCAAAGUGUAUGACGGUAGCGCCUCCUUAAAACGGAACUGCUUCCGUACGGUGAUAGUUUCCCGCGGCGCGUCCCCUGCGGAGGUCCUGGAAGCGGCCAUGAAGUCUCAUCACAUCGUAGACAACCCCAUCCACUACUACCUCUCGCAGGUGGACAGGGAGAGCCCAGAGACAGAGAAGCCGCUCAACAACAACGACGACACCUUCCAGCUCAGCGCCAGUGAGGGGAAGGCGCCCGCGGUCUGCCUGAGGUUUGCCAACAAAGGCCAUGGAGAGAAGGGCAUGAUCAGGGUUUACCCUGGGAUGCUAAGAGUGGCCGUAGCCUACAAAACCAUCCCCGUGACCAACACCACGACAGUAGACGAAGCCAUCCAGAUGGCGUUAGAAAAAUUCGGACUGCGAGAAGAAGACCCCAGCCACUACUCCUUGGUGGAAGUUCUGAUCGACAAGGGUGUACAAGAGCGUGUGAUGCUGCGUGACGAGUACCCCUGGCCGCAGCUGGUGGACGCGCGGCAGGGCUCGCUACGACAGAUGAAACUGACGAGAUUCUACCUCAGGAACUCCUCCCACCCGGAGGGACCCGUGGAACUGUUCGUGUACAACCUUCCCGUCGGUUUAGCGCCGGGAAAGUACGUCUCCAUCAUGGCAGAACUCCUGGGGAAAAACACGUUCACGACCGUCGGGCCGAUCCACCCGCAGUACGGCGCGAGUUUCAUGACGUUCUCGUCGGCCGACACGGCCCUGCGCGCCCUCUCCAUGCUGAACGAGUCGACGGUGGACGAGAAGCGCGUGGCGGCCAUGCUGCUGCCCCACGUGGAGGCCAACAUGAUCCCCAACACCGUCACCCCGCUGCUCGUCUUCGUCAACACCAAGAGCGGCGGCUGCCAGGGCGUGGAGAUCCUCUCCGCAUUCAGGCACCUCCUCAACCCACACCAGGUGUUUGACCUGGACCAGGGUGGCCCCCUGCCGGGCCUCCUGACCUUCCGUAACGUCAGGAAGUACCGUAUCCUGAUCUGCGGUGGUGACGGGUCGGUGGGCUGGGUGCUGUCCUGUCUGGACGGCAUCUCCAAGGACCUGACCUGCAGCACGCCGCCCACCGCCAUCCUGCCCAUCGGGACGGGGAACGACCUGGCCCGCGUGCUGGGAUGGGGAGCGGGGUACACCGGGAACGACGACCCGCUCUCGCUCCUCAUCCAGGCACGGGACGCCGACAACUCCAAGUUCGACCGCUGGACAAUCCUGUUUGAACCAAACGAGGUGGAGAAGAGCACGGACAAUGCUACAUCAUCUACAGGUGCGAGCAGUGGUCCUCGAGACGAGCCCAACGUAUGCAUCAUGAACAACUACUUCGGUGUGGGGAUUGACGCGGACCUGUGCCUGGGCUUCCACCUGGCGCGCGAGGAGAACCCCGAGAAGUUCACCAGCCGCUUCCACAACAAGGGCGUGUACGUCAAGCUCAGCCUGCGCAAGAUGAUGGGCAGGAAGUCCUGCAAGGAUCUACAGAGGCAGAUCGAGCUGGAGGUGGACGGGCAGGUCAUCGACCUCCCGACGUGCGAGGGGAUCGUCUUCCUGAACAUCCGCAGCUGGGGGUCGGGGUGCGACCCUUGGGGGAACGAGACGUCCGAAACGUUCAGCCCGCCGUCCUACAACGACGGGACGCUGGAGGUGGUGGGGCUGACGGGAGUGGUUCACCUCGGGCAGAUCCAGGGAGGGAUCCGUGGCGCGAUUCGCGUGGCGCAGGGACAGAGCAUCAAGCUGACGCUGAAGAACGACAUUCCGGUGCAGAUCGACGGCGAGCCGUGGCUCCAGCCCGCGGGUCAGGUCAUCAUCAUGCCGUCCGCCAUACAAGCCAACAUGCUGCGCCGACGCAAGACCAAAGUGCAGCGCCGCAACACGGAGCCCAGUCUGUUCCGCCCCACGGGCGAGCUGAACAAGGCGCUCGGGCAGCACAUAGACUCCACCGCGAGUUGGCUGGUCUCGUCGGACGUGUCUCCAGCCGCUGACACGACAGGCAGCGAAGCACCACAGUCCUGAAGUCACUACACAAGCUCCUGUAGACAGUACAUGCCAUUUCUUACAUAUGUAGUUUAAGAGAACAAAAGGACUAUGUCCUGAAGUCGCAACACAAGUAAUCUCCAAGCAGACAUUUCGGUGGCUGCAAAAGACAGUAUCAAAUUGGCCGGACAGUAUAGCCUAGUUACCAAAUUAUGUAUAAUAGCUCCAGAGUCCUAGUACAUCUUUGCAGAGAGGAUGUAGGACUCGGGAGCUAAAAUAGGUUUGGUAACCAGGCUAAGGCAGUAUCCAUUAGCCAGACGGUAUCCAUUGGCCACACAACUUAAGUGGCUAAUGGACACUCCUCUGGCCAGUGGAUACUGCCUGGCCACCGUAUGAUCUGCUUGGAGAUUAAACACAAGUUCCUGUAGACAGUACAUGCCAUUUCUUAUAUACGUAGUCUGAGAGAAGUGAAGGACUAUGUGUAGUUAAGUUCAUUCCAGAUAUCUGAAUUCUACAUUAUACAUAACCAAAAGAAGUUGUCAGAUAUGAAUAAUAUCAUUUCCAGGGGAACUGUAGCCAUUAGUCGAGAUAUACCUUCAUUUCAUGAAUUCAAGUCCAUUUUUACUACAGAGCGAUGUAUAAUUACGUGUGCUGUAAUUUGUUGUAAAGUGCCAAGUGAAGAAAAGAUAUGUUUUUAGUCAUACUACUGUGAUGAUAUCUAGCAAAGAAAGUCUUCUAAAACUU